CGGAGGAGGAGCGGGGUCGGCGGCCGCUCGCCCGCCCCGUCGCAGCGCCCCGCAGCCGCCCGGGGGGGAGGCCAAGAUGGCAGAGGCGUCGCCCCCCGCCCCGCUCUCGCCCCUGGACGUGGAGCUGGACCCCGAGUUCGAGCCGCAGAGCCGCCCCCGCUCCUGCACCUGGCCCCUGCAGAGGCCCGAGUUGCAGGCCAGCCCAGCCAAGCCCGCCGGCGAGUCGACCGCCGACGCCGCCUCCAUGAUCCCCGAGGAGGAGGACGACGAGGAGGAGGGGGGCGGCUCGGCCAUGACCGUCGGCAGCGCGGCCCCCGCGGGCGGAGAAGCGGCGGCGGCGAACACCGCCGUGCCGGAGGAGGCGGCGCGGCUGCUGGCCCCGCUGCCCGGCGGCGGCCCGGAGGGGCCGAGCCUCUCGCCGGGGGGAGCGGCGGCGGCGGCGGCAGGCGGCGGGGGGCUGAGCGGGGGCCCGGCGGCGGCGCCGAGGAAAUGCUCGUCGCGGCGCAACGCGUGGGGCAACCUCUCCUACGCCGACCUCAUCACCCGCGCCAUCGAGAGCUCCCCGGAGAAGCGCCUCACUCUCUCCCAGAUCUACGACUGGAUGGUCCGCUGCGUGCCCUACUUCAAGGACAAGGGCGACAGCAACAGCUCGGCCGGGUGGAAGAAUUCGAUCCGGCACAACUUGUCGCUCCACAGCCGAUUUGUCAGGGUGCAGAAUGAAGGCACCGGGAAAAGCUCUUGGUGGAUGAUCAAUCCAGAUGGUGGAAAAGGCGGCAAGGCGCCCCGGAGACGCGCCGUGUCAAUGGACAACAGCAACAAGUACACCAAGAGCAGAGGGCGAGCGGCAAAGAAAAAGGCAGCCCUGCAGACAGCCCAGGAGACGAGUGAGGAUAGCCCUUCCCAGCUCUCCAAGUGGCCAGGGAGUCCCACCUCCCGCAGCAGCGACGAGCUGGAUGCGUGGACAGAUUUUCGCUCCCGUACAAAUUCAAACGCCAGUACUAUCAGUGGCCGCUUGUCACCAAUUUUGGCAAGCACUGAGCUCGAUGAUGUUCAAGAUGACGAUGCUCCACUUUCUCCCAUGUUGUACAGUAGUCCAUCGAGCUUGUCCCCAUCGGUAAACAAACCAUGUACUGUGGAGUUGCCUAGGUUGACUGAUAUGGCUGGGACAAUGAACUUGAAUGAUGGUCUGACUGAUAACCUCAUGGAUGAUCUCUUGGACAAUAUAACACUCCCUCCCUCCCAGCAGUCACCCACAGGAGGGAUAAUGCAGAGAAGCUCCAGUUUUCCUUAUGGUUCCAAAGGUUCAGGGCUGGGCUCCCCGUCAAGUAGUUUCAACAACGCUGUAUUUGGGCCGUCAUCCCUGAAUUCCCUCCGCCAGUCACCCAUGCAGACAAUUCAGGAGAACAAGCAGGCCACCUUCUCUUCCAUUUCUCAUUACAACAACCAGACGCUGCAGGAUCUCCUCACCUCUGAUGCGCUUAGUCACAGCGACGUCAUGAUGACACAGUCUGACCCACUCAUGUCACAAGCCAGCACAGCUGUGUCUGCCCAGAAUUCCCGCAGGAAUAUAAUGCUCCGCAGCGACCCCAUGAUGUCGUUUGCCGCGCAGUCCAGCCAGGGCGGUCUGGUCAAUCAGAACCUGUCCCAUCACCAGCACCAGUCCCACAACUCCUCUCUUAGUGGCAGCCGUGCCUUGUCCAAUUCCAUCAGUAACAUAGGCUUGAGUGACUCCAACAGCUUGGGAUCCACCAAACAUCAGCAGUCACCUGUCAAUCAGUCUAUGCAAACACUUUCUGACCCGCUGUCAGGCUCCUCUUUGUACUCCUCUAGCGUGAGCCUCCCGGUCAUGGGACAUGAGAAAUUCCCGAGUGACUUGGACCUGGAUAUUUUCAAUGGGAGCCUGGAGUGUGACAUGGAGUCCAUUAUCCGCAGUGAACUCAUGGAUGCCGAUGGGCUGGAUUUUAACUUUGAUUCCCUCAUCUCAGCUCAGAACGUUGUCAGUCUGAAUGUGGGGAACUUCACUGGUGCUAAACAGGCUUCAUCACAGAGUUGGGUACCAGGCUGAAGGAUCUUUGAGAACAGGGAAAACGGGCAAACAGGCCCUCAAACUGACACGAGAUGUAGAGAGAGAACCCUUUGCCAAAUCUGCUGUCAGCAAGUGGACAGUGAUACUGUUUACAGCUUACGACCUUUGUGAACCCUGCAUUAUUUUCCUAAUGAAGCAGACUGUUAAUAGGCCCCUUACUGGAGUGAAGAACCUACUCUUUUUUUUUUUUUUUUUUUUUUUCCUUUUUGUUGGAAAUUGAACUCAUUCUAGAAGUAUGCAAAAAUCUUCCUUUUCUGGGAUGGCCAAGCACCUGCUGUGGAGACAAUGUUCAGCACCAUCCUGUUGAGAACACACUGUGUAGCCUUUACACUAGUUUCUUGUCAAUGAGUAUGUGGUGUUUCAAUAUAUUAAUGGUUUAUGGGAUGUAUUAAGUUGGUUUUUCUUUUUGGAGGUUUUCCCUAUCUGCCCACCCUCCCCUCUACAGCCUCCAGUUUGAUUUCCGUAGAUUUUUAACUAUUGUUGCUUUCUCUCCCUGGGGAAUCUGAGGCACUGUGCACAUGCAUGGAAAUGACCGUAACCCAACACUGCUCAGGUGUCAGGGUUUUCUGAAGAUUCAGCGUUUGUUAAUCCUAUCAGCCAGCUGGAUUCCAGAGAGGGGAUGUGUGUGGCCUGUUUGUUUGUUGGGUUGGUUGGUUUGUUUCUUUCUUUCUUAUUCUUUCCUUAGUUUUAAUGGUACACCCCUGUUUGCCAUGAGGGUCAACCUAGAGUUGGUUGCAAAACAAGGGAAGUUGGUGAGUUUGCCUCCUGGCUCAUGAGGAUGGACUGACAGCGGGUGCCAUGGCCCCACAUGCACCGAGGCAGGAGCCCCUUUCCUGCCCGCUGGAGCAGGCUCCCCUCCUGCCUCACAUUAGCAAAGCUGCCCUCACUGCUGCAGUGAGCUGGUGAGGAGUUACGGGCUGAGCUGCCACACAAGGUGGAUUUAGUUACCUGUAGAGAUGUGUUUGAAAACACAGAAAUUAAAGGAAUGGGCAGCUGGGCAUCGGUAGGUGACUUGCAGUGACAAUGCCAGGAGCUGAGGCAUAGAUCGCUGCAGGGUGUGUUAUGGCAUUAGUGAUCCUGUUUAUUUUUGUUGUUGUUUUUUUGGACAUAUCCUUGAUUAUUUUUUCCUUCUCAUUAUGUAUAAUCCAUUGUGGCAGAAGAAGCAGGAGUGGGAAUGGCAAAGUGACAGUAUCAUACAAAUGGCUUUUCAUAUGAGCGUAGACUGUAGCAGGAUAAAUGACACUGAAAGACAAGGCAGUUUUAUAUAUUUUGCUUCUAAGAUUUUCUUUUGUAAAAUGAAUAAUAAUUAAUAAUAAUAAUGAAUAAAAGGUAUGGUGCUGUAUAGAUCCUGUCUAUAAUCUGGAAAGUUUGAUUGCUUUUUAUUAGUAUCCUGGGGGGGGAGGGAUACAAAAAAAGAGGGGAAAACACCAGUGGUACAUAGGAACUUGGUAUGAAGAGUUUCUGAAUAGGACAGUGUAUACAUAAUUCUCCAAAGCGAUAUAUGAAGUUUUUUUUUUUUCCUUUGCAUAAAAGCAUUAUGCAUAUAAAUAUAUAAAUAUAUUUUAUUAUGUACAGAAAUGGAUCAUUAUGCAUGGAUGUUAGGAAAACAAAACUAGCAUUUUAACCCAAAGUCUCAGUGCAUGAGUUCCCACCGACCCGUGUCCCAUGCAAUGUGGAGUGACUCCCUCUCGCCACUGCCACUGCACAUGCACAGUCAUACACCAAUACUCACACACAUUCGUGGGCCCUUCCUCACUCCUUACUUUCCAGGUCCCUGAGGUGAUUUUGGUGAAACAACAGCUCCUAGUGUGAUGGAAGUUUUGGUUUUGUACCGUAGCUCCCAUGCUGUUCUCUCAUAAAGAUGCACCUCUUGGUUUCUCCCCUGCCAGUUUUGACUGUGUAGGCUCUGUGCAGUUGUGGUUAGCAUAGCCCUGUAGCAUAUCAACUCUUCCAAGCAGCCAAGGGUUUAUCAUUUGCCUUUUAAAAAACUUCUCUUUUUCUUUUUACACUGAGGGGUUCUAUUUGUUAGUGUGUGACCCAGUUUAUUGCAUUCAUUGGAGCUGGCUGGUGCCCAUUGCCGAUGUCUAUCAGCAGCCGGCUUCCCAGGAUGUUCGUGUGGCAUAGCUGUGCACCCUGCUUACCCAAGUCCAGUUGCAGGCACCUUUUACUGAAAUUGGACAAGAGUUCAUCACUGGCCUCAUCUGAGCAUGUGCCAUUAGCUCUUAGCUUCCUGGUACACCCCAAAAUGUGAGUGUAUGCUGAAGCACUUCCUUCUGGUGUUCUUUUGCUGAGGUUUCUCUGCAGCUGCUGCGCUGUGGCUGGCCUUGUUCCCCAGCCCCACAUUUUGGCUGUCGGCAGAGCUCACUCGGCGCCUCCCCAUGCUGAGAUGCAGCUUUUGAUCCCUACAACAGAUGAGCCUCCAGUGAGACCCCUGGUGCUGCCCAAAGACACACUAUCACUGGCAGAUCAGUAAAGCCUGACUCCAUGGUAUAGCCUAAGUGACCAAACCCCAUAACUUAAGUUUUUUUCUUAGUUCAAAUUCAGUUCUUGUCAAAUGCAAGGGAAGGCCUGUUGAAAAUUUAACUGAAAAGACUGCAAAUUCUGCUCUGUUCCAGAAACUUAGACUGCUUGGGUUCAGGGGAACUGCUUUCCACUGAAAAAAAUGAGAGAUGAAACUAUGGCCUUCUCUCUUCAGAAAAUGGAGAAAAAACACUUGGUUUAGAGACAGCCCAUCAGUGUCAGAGAAGUUUUUUUAAAAAGAAAUAAUAAAAGCAUUAAUGGCUGAAAGGCUUAACCUGUCUCCCAGCAAUGUCAAGGAGAGCAUUUCCAUUGGCAUAGCUGGGACAGCUUGGGCCCCUGCCUUGGAGAACAUCCCAGCACCCACUGAAGAGGGAUGGACUUGGCCAUCCUCUUCAGUUUGGUUUGGUUUGUGUUGCUCAGUUUUGGGGCCAAAAUUUUCAAGCAGAAGUGCCUGGUGUCAGGCACCAAACAUCGGGGACUCCAGCGUGGUCACAGGGGCCGAGCUGCUCUGCCCUCGUGGCUUCUUGAAGGAAGGGGAGGUGACAGGUCCCCCCCAGGCCUGGGGACGGUCGUCACCCUCUACACCUGCUGAGGUGCCCAGCAAAGGCCCUUCACUCCAGAGGUGCUAAAUAAAUCUCCCUGAAUUCAAAGGGCCAGGUAUUUAGGUGUCAAAAUUAAGCCUUGAAUAGCUAGUUUGGGGAACCUGCUUUUUUGAAAAAUUGGCCUUUGAGUCUUUGAACAUGUUUAUGCCUGGAAGUUUUCCUUGUGAAAUCGUGUAAAACAGAUGAAGGUCAAGGUCACAAUUACAUGGUUAUCUUUAGAACACUUGGUCUAAACAAAAGGUCUAAAAAGGUGUUAUUUAUGCAGUUUCUAGUCACAGGUUGGGGCUUGAUUUAAUGAUUUUGUGAAAAAAAAAAAUCUCUUAAGAAUAAUCAGAUAGUUAAACACUGCUUAACUCCAGAAAUUUUUGUGCCACUGCUUAAAAGAGUUACCUUUUAGGUCAUGUAUUUCUCCAAAAUUAUAUCAUUGCUUGGCAAUUGGUGUCCUGUAAGUGUUUCAAGUACACAAUAUACCUUUGGAAUUGCCAACAGAUGCGAAGGGGGACCAGAUACAUUUCGUAACUAUGGGUUGGAAAAAAUGGAUUGUACAUUUGGCUUCACAUGUUUAACUUUUUGUUAAAAAAGUUGCAUGAUUGGAAAAAAUAUGUAUACAGUAUCUGUAAAACUGUUUUAUCUGUUUCUGUUUCAAGCCAUGUAAAUUGGAAGAAUAUUAAAUCCACAGCCUUAUCGCGCAUGGCCGUCUUUACAUACCGAAGAGCUGAACAGUUUUUACUUUUCAUUUGGGCUAUCUUGUACUUUCAUUUGAAAGCAGACACUCUCACGUUGCAGUCUUACUGAGGAUUUUAUAUUAAAAAAAAAAAAAAAA